AUGGCAGAAGAAUCACAAUUUCAACGAGAAGCCACUAACAAGUCGAAAACCGGUGUCGUUUUGUUUGAGAAAUACGAAAUUGGAAAAUUGUUGGGAGUUGGUGCUUCGGCGAAGGUGUACCACGCGACGAAUAUUGAAACGGGGAAGAACGUGGCGGUGAAAGUCAUGAACAAGAAGAAACUCGUUAAUGGAGGUUUCUCCGCAAACAUUGAGCGUGAGAUCUCAAUUCUCACGCGUCUCCACCAUCCUAACAUCAUCAACCUCUUCGAAGUGCUGGCGUCGAAGACUAAAAUCUACUUCAUCGUUGAAUUGGCCUCCGCUGGCGAACUCUUCGAAGAGGUAGCUAAACAAGAUAAACUCACGGAAGAACACGCUCGGAGAUACUUCCGGCAGCUUAUCUCCGCCGUGAAACACUGUCACUCUCACGGUGUUUUCCACCGGGAUCUCAAACUCGACAAUCUCUUGCUAGACGAGAAUGAUAACCUUAAGGUAACGGAUUUCGGUUUAAGCGCCUUGAAAAGCCAGAUCGGGCCUGACGGUUUACUGCACACCGUUUGUGGUACGCCGUCCUACGUGGCACCGGAGAUUCUCGCGAAGAAAGGCUACGACGGUGCUAAAGCGGAUAUAUGGUCGUGCGGCGUCGUUUUGUUUACUAUUACUGCAGGAUAUUUACCGUUCAAUGAUUACAAUAUUACCGUACUGUACCGGAAGAUUUACCGUGGUCAAUUUCGGUUCCCAAAAUGGACGUCCUGUGAUCUGAAGAAUCUCUUAUCAAGGUUGUUGGAUACGAACCCUGAGACGAGAAUUAGCGUUGAUGAAAUUCUUCAACACCCGUGGUUUAACUCGGGUGGAUAUAAACUAGACCGGGUUUUAGUUAAGGAACCGGAGUUGGAAGAGAUUCGAACCGGGUUUAAAUCCUUGAACGCGUUUGAUUUGAUAUCGUUUUCAACCGGGUUAGACAUGUCGGGUUUGUUUGAGGAUCGAAACGGGUCGGGGUUAGCUGAAUGGAUUGUUUCGGCGGAGAAACCGGAGAGAAUUAUUAAGAGGGUGGAGGAGGUGGUGAAAGGGACGACCGUAGUUGUAACAAGAAUGGGGAAUUUUUCUGGAGCAAAAUUGGAAGGGCAAGAAGGUAAUUUGAUUGGUCUUGUUAUGGUUUACCGGCUAACGGAUGAAUUCGUGGUAGUUGAAAUGAAGAAACGUGGAAAGGGGGAGGAACCUGGGACGCAACUGUGGAAAAAUAAAUUGCAACCUUUGUUAGUUGAGUUGGCUCAUAAACCGGAAGAGCCGGUUUCCCGGUGA